AUGAUUCAUUCACCAAUUUUCUUCACAAUUCUCGUUUUGCUUUUCCAUUUUCAACAUUCAUUAUCAUUUUCCCUCUCAGUGGAGAGACAUGAAAAUGAUUUUAUUGUCUCACCCAAAGGCACAUUCACCGCGGGCUUUUAUCCUGUAGGCGAAAAUGCUUAUUCAUUCGCCAUAUGGUUCACUCAAAAACACAAAAACCUCACCAAUGCUACCGUUGUUUGGAUGGCAAAUCGUGAACAGCCAGUAAACGGAAAACGCUCGACACUUUCCCUUCUUAAUACCGGCAACCUCAUUUUAACCGACGCAGGACAGUUUAAUGUUUGGUCUACAAACACAUACUCACUCAAACAACUUGAGUUGGUUUUGUACGAUACGGGAAAUCUCAUUCUCAGAGAACAUAACACAAAUGGUUUCAUUUUGUGGCAAAGUUUUGAUUUUCCAACAGAUACCCUCCUUCCCGAUCAAAGUUUCACAAGGUACAUGAACCUUGUUUCGUCCAAAAGAGACACCACCAACUAUUCCUCUAGCUGCUACAAGCUUUUCUUUGACAACGAUAAUCUUCUCCGUCUUCUCUAUGAUGGCCCUGGAGAUUCAAGCGUUUAUUGGCCAGAUCCUUUGUUUCUUGAUUGGCAAGAUUCUAGAUCCAUGUACAAUCAUAACAGGGUAGCAACAUUAAAUCGUUUGGGAAACUUCAGUUCUUCAGAUAAUUUCACUUUCAUAACAAGUGAUUAUGGAACAGUGCUACAACGAAGACUUACACUUGAUUUUGAUGGCAAUGUUCGUGUUUAUAGCCGAAAACAAGGGCAAGAGAAGUGGUUAGUGUCAGGGCAAUUCGUCCAACAACCUUGUCAAAUUCAUGGAAUUUGUGGACCUAACAGCACUUGCAGUUAUGGUCCAAUAAAAGGUAGAAAAUGUUCGUGUCUUCCAGGUUAUAGCAUAAUCAAUAACCAAGAUUGGUCUCAAGGGUGCAAACCAAGCUUCCAAUUUUCUUGCAAUAACAAGACAGAAUAUCGCUUCAAAUUCUUACCUCGUGUUCAGUUUAACAGCUAUCACUAUGGAUUCCGUAAAAAUUACACCUAUAAACAAUGUGAGCAUUUGUGCUUACAAAUGUGUGAAUGCAUAGCCUUCCAAUUUCGCUAUAUCAAGAAAAAGGGUGUGAAUAAUUGUUAUCCAAAGACGCAGUUACUAAACGGCCUUCGUUCGACAGAGUUUAAAGGUUCACUCUUUUUGAAAUUGCCAAAAAACAAUAUUGUUUUCUCCCCCGAGUAUGAUAACUUGGUUUGUUCGAGAAAUAAUGGAAUAAAACAACUACAAAGAUUAUACGUUGGUGAAAAAGAAAAUGGAUUGGUGAAUUUCAUGCUUAUGUUUGCAAGUGGCUUGGGCGGAAUUGAGGUGUUAUGCUUCUUUCUAGUAGGGUGUAUCUUAUUCAAGAAUAGGAAGCAAUCUAGUGUUGAUAAUCAUGGGUAUGUUAUAGCAUCAGCAACCGGGUUUAGAAAAUUCAGCUAUUCUGAAUUAAAAAAAGCUACAAAAGGUUUUAGCCAAGAGAUUGGAAGAGGAGCUGGAGGAACCGUGUAUAAAGGUAUUUUAUCUGAUGAUCGAGUUGUUGCGAUAAAGCGUUUGCAUGACACAAAUCAAGGAGACAGUGAGUUUCUUGCAGAAGUUAGCAUCAUUGGAAGGCUUAACCACAUGAAUUUAAUUGGAAUGUGGGGUUAUUGUGCUGAGGGAAAACAUAAAUUGUUGGUUUAUGAGUACAUGGAAAAUGGUACUUUAGCUGAUAAUCUCUCAUCAAAUGAACUUGAUUGGGGAAAGAGAUAUGGUAUUGCUAUAGGAACUGCAAAAUGUCUUGCUUAUUUACAUGAAGAGUGUUUGGAGUGGAUUUUGCAUUGCGAUAUAAAGCCGCAAAACAUACUUGUUGACUCUGAUUAUCGACCUAAGGUUGCAGAUUUUGGUUUGUCUAAGCUAUUGAACAGGAAUGAGCAUGAUAAUUCAAACUUCUCAAGGAUUCGAGGGACACGAGGUUACAUGGCACCUGAAUGGGUUUUCAACAUGCAAAUCACUUCUAAAGUGGAUGUUUAUAGCUAUGGAGUUGUGGUGUUGGAGAUGAUUACUGGAAAGAGUCCAACAACAGGUAUCCAAAUCAAAGACAAAGAAGAGUUGUAUCAUGAGAGAUUGGUAACAUGGGUUAGGGAGAAAAGAAGAAAAGUACUAGAAGUUGCUUGUUGGGUUGAAGAAAUUGUUGACCCUGCAUUGGGAUCAAAUUAUGAUGCAAAGAGAAUGGAAACUUUGGCAAAUGUUGCAUUGGAUUGUGUACAGGAAGAUAAAGAUGUUAGACCCACCAUGAGUCAAGUUGUUGAGAGGCUCUCCUAAGUCAUUAACAUAACUAUUGAUGGCAUUCACAAUGAGUAACCAUCUCUCCUGUUUACAAUUAUUCAACUGUUUCACUUCUUGGGUUUCAA